AGGUACCAAUCGAUCGUCAUGAUCGCGGGCGCCUCAAGUUCAACUAUAUCUUCAUGCUCUCUUCUUUCUUCAUUCCAUGGAACUCCUCGACAGCUUAGAACGACAUAACGUCUCUAUAUGGCGACUAGGAUACGAAUUUAGGGCAUUUUCAAGCAUUACGCAGGUCCUGCUGUGCUUGGAGGUGUCACCCACGUUCCGCACAAAAUCGCCUUGCGACUUGACCGCGUUACACCGAGCAACAGCUUCGUCAGCUAUUAGACGGCGGCACCUGUUCAGUUCCCUGAAGGAUGAAUCGGCGUCGGAAAAGAAACCAGGUUCAUCGACAAGGUCACGCUUCAAUGAGACUUCAACACUUGGAUGACACGGUUGUAACGUCUAAUCUCAGCGAUGUUAUAUCAAACACUUAUUCUCACUGACCGGACUUGCAUCCCACAACGCGGAGAGCUGGAUCUUAGAUGACACAUUGUAUAUAGAAAAUCGCGCAGACAGAAGGGUCCUGUGUUCGAACCGUGGCAGCAUGUCGCUGAAGUUAUAGCGCGUUCACAGGUUCAUCUCGUGUGUGAUAGCAAGCAUCGCUAUUGGUAACGCUGACAGAACCAUAUACGGUGACAAGCGCAUCACAUACAUGUUACCCUGCAAACUUGCUUUUCGCUCCUUAAUCACCAUUCUACACCAUGGAUCCGUUCUCAGGAGGCGCAAGCAUCCUCGCUGUCUUGGAGACCGCUGCCACCGUCGCCCUUCUGGUAGCCAAGUAUGUCUCCGCUGUGAAGGCGGUCGAGAAGAAUCGCCAGCAACUCUUACAUGAGUUGUACUGCAUAACAGUAAUGCUUAGCAACUUCAGUGCUAUGACUGAUCCGUCAGCGAACAACUCGUCUCCUACUUCACGAUGUGGUCCCGCCUUGGAAGCAAUACUUGGAGACAAAGGGCCAUUAGCGCAAUGUCAGCAAACCCUGGAGGAACUGCUUGAAUGGUUGAAACAUGACGAUCCCGAUACGAAGCUCAGUUUGGGACGACGGAUGUUAUGGCCAAUCAAACACGAGAAGAAGAUCACUGAGGCAUUGCAGAAAUUGGAGCGUUACAAAGCACAUUUCACUGUAGCCCUUUCAACCGAUUCCUACCAGAAGAUUGCUGAAGUCCAUGAGACUGCUUCGAGCAUCGCAACAGAGCAAGAAAGGACGAGACUGGACAGGGAAGUCAAGCUGCAAGAGGAUCUACUGAGAGAGAUCAUUACUUGGUUAGAUCCGAGGGAUUAUAUCACGAAGCAUCAAUCCAUCGCUCGUCUGCGUCAGCGGGAUACAUGCACCUGGCUGUUUGACCACGGUGAAUUCAAAUCAUGGCGUUCGAGCAAGUCUGCAUUCCUGUGGCUGCACGGAAUACCGGGAAGUGGGAAGAGCACGCUGGCAUCCUCCGUCAUCGACGAACUCCAGGCAAAUAAUUCUGAUGACACACCAUUGAUAUACUUCUAUUGUGAUUUCCGAGACGCGAAGAGUACAACUUCAGCAGCUCUAAUCCACACGUUACUGGCCCAAUUCUUGAGGGCCGGAUGGUCUGAAGAUAUUCACUCGUUGGCUCAAAUCAAAGCAAGGAGUCCCUCUCCCCCUACAGACAUUCCUGCUCUGCGUACACUGUUACUCAAAGCCAUUGGUGCCUACACAAGUCCAUUCAUAGUCAUCGACGCACUAGACGAGUGCCAGGAUAUCUUGGAAAUCCUGCCGUUGCUGUCAAGGCUACAUGACGAGUCAAAUGUCCGUCUGUUCAUGACCAGCCGCAAGGAGCAUGGUAUAUACGAAGCAUUCAAGGCGCUUCCAUCCAUCUCGCUGAAGCAUGAAGCACAACAUGUUCAUGAUGAUAUCAAGAUGCACGUCCAAUCUGCAUUACAGUCACGGCCUAAGCUUGCUCGUCUGCCUGCUGACGUUCGUUCAAGCAUUGAGACGACUCUGUUGACUAAGGCCAAUGGCAUGUUUCGCUGGGUACAGUGUCAGUUGGACUUUCUUAACAGCUGUCGGACCCGGAAAGGUGUUCAAGAUGCGCUCCAUAAUCUACCAAAGGGAUUAUUUGAGACAUACGAGCGUAUUCUGGCGACGAUCGAAAAGCAGGGACCAGAAGUUGCCCAAAUCGCGCGUUCUUCGCUGGUGUGGCUCGUUGGGGCACUAUCACCAUUGACUCUGCAACAAGUGAAUGAGGCGAUCAUGAUAGAGAAGGGACGAUAUACGUUGAACGAGGAGCUUGGAGUCUUCGACGUUAGCGACAUCCUGGAUAUCUGCGGCAGCUUAGUUGAACAUCUUGAUGACACCGAUAUUAUCAUUUUGUCUCAUUUCACUGUCAAGGAAUUCCUGAGCGGUAUGCUCAUGCAACCAUCUCUGGAUUUCUUUGCCACGCAGCCCGCGUCGGUAACAAAGGAAUUAGCACAAUUGACACUAACCUACCUUUUGCUCGAGGAUUUCUCGACAGGCAUCUGCCACACUCCAGAGGCUUAUGAUGCCCGACUCUUGAAUCGUCCGCUAUUGGAGUACGCAGCGACUCAUUGGUACCUGCAUGUCGCCGAUAUGGACGAGGAAGAUGAAGAGGUCCUUUUAUAUAUUAAGGACUUAUUCAUGAACUCUGAGAGAUCCAAUCACUAUUCCAGCUUCAGGCAAGUGCACCAAUUUCAAAAGCGAGAUUCACAGUUUUUAGUAUGGAACGACGCGGUCGCUGAGAAUACGGGUCCACUCUGGUUCCCACUGUACUACAAUAGUCCUUGGGUCGUCUCAAAUGUUUUACACGAACACCCUGAACUUCUGGAGGCCGAAUUACCUCUCUGGGGCGCCACACCUCUGAUUACCGUCGCGUAUAGAGGUCACACGGCUGUCGGGAAACUUUUGCUGGACAUGGGCGCAGACAUCGAGAAGACCACGACCAGGUUUGUAAUGGACGACCAUACCACUGUCACUCCUUUGUCUGCUGCUGUUGGGCUCGGACAUGUCGAAUUUGUCGAAAUGCUAUUAAAGCGCGGGGCGUGUGUCAAUACCCGCAGUGCACCCACCAACGAGACUCCUCUCCACGCUGCCGCUCACCGUGGACGGAUUGCAUCGGUCUCUAUGCUCUUAGAGCGUGGAGCGGAUGUUCAUGCACAGACGGUGAAUGGAUGGACUGCUCUCCAUACCGCGGCAAUGGGAGGCAAUGUAGAAGUGGUAGAAUUGCUGUUAGCUUCAGGAUGUGAAAUCUCUGGUGAAACGUCAUUGGAAAGAAGCCCGCUUCAAAUUGCAUUAGACCUACGAUCGACCAAGCUAGUGGAGGUUCUCCUCAAACAUGGGGCAGCCAAACAAGCUACGUUGCAACUUGACGCCGCGCAGCUAGAUUGGGCCCAAUCGCAACCAUGGUACUCUUCCAUUGCUCAGGCCAUACGCCUUGAAUCAUCAGAGAAGUCAAAUUGUGACUUUCUGGAUGUGUGGAAGGUUAGGCAUAUCCUGCACUCUCGGUUUCGUCUGUCUCCCAAAGUUGUGGAUGUAAUUCUGGAUGACGCCGAGUAUUGGGCUUGCACCGAAGUUGUGCACCAAUACUUACCACCCAAACGAGUGACACGAGAAUCACCUCAAGAGGCGUUCGUCCGAGUCCGCGUGAAAGGUCGAGGGUAUCCUACGGUUCGCAAGCUUGUUUUCGUAACAAGAUCUCAUGAUCAAGGUAAGUAUCUUGGUAUCGAAUACUCAGGGACUCUUUCUUCACGAAGUGUUUCAGGUUUCAGUGGAGAACGCGAGGCUCAUGGUACGUACCGUUGGUCGUGGACGUGGUUCGAAACAGGGGUAUCCCGUCGUGAUGACAAUGGGGUCAUGAUCGAAAUCGUACCCCGGCAGCACAUCCAGUUCAAUGUACACGCAUCAUCAAUUACCCGGACACACGUGAACGUGUGGGAGUACCAUAAUAACAGUCCUGAGAUGAAGGCUUGGCUGGGUAGAAUUGUACACGAUGACGAGAUACUGGUCAUUCCAAGAGCUGAAUUUCCCGCUUGGUGUAAUUGGGUAGAGGCUAUCAGUGUCAAAGUAUAUACAGCCGCGUAGUGAUCCUAUAGAGUCAAGAUGACCAAGAUGUAUUGGAUGUUCAUUUUGCAAUGCAUCAGGCUUCAAGGUCGAGCUUCAAUACUACGC